UAGAUACAAGAUGGCGUCCUGCUGAUGUGACUUCUUGACUUCGCAAAAAUUUGAAGCUAAUUUAUCAAUAAUGCUUUGUUACAUUUUACUCAGUAACAAAGAUGGACCAUGCUCUUAUUGAUAAUAUCGAUUGAUCGCUUAUGGAAAGUAUUUGAUCGUAAUAGAUCUUAAUACUUUUAUCUUUCAAACUACAUCACAAGCAUCAGGAUGUCGUCAGAAAAUAUGGCUUUGGAUUUGAUCUUGCGAACUCUGAUGAACUCGCCGGACUUUAGAGAGGCAGAGAAUAAAAACUGGGAGGUAGUAGCCAAACUUGUUCCCGGAUCUACUUCUCAUCAGGUUUGAGAUUUUCGCGUGUACAUUAUUGAAUAAAAGGUGUCAAUUGUCAAGUUACUUAGCUACAAUAGCCUGCGAUCUACAAGGCUGACUUGUAAUACAAGCAGGGCGCAACAGAUCGAUCAAAAUCUAUCAUCAUGUAUCAUCGAAAAGCUAGCUGAUCUGCCGAUAGUACUCAUGUUCCGCCAAUAGCCGUCAACGUUAAAAAAGUUAAUGAUCCAAAAAUCGUUUACCAGCUGUCACGUCGAGUUUCUUGAGGCAGCAGUAUUAGCCUGCAUGGCCGGCGUUGAGAGGGGAAGGGAAAGGGGGAAUUUGGGCGCGCAGGAGGGGGAAAGGAAGUUUCCUUUCCUUUCCCCCUCGCACACCCAAAUUCCCCCUUCCCCUUUCAACGCCGGCCACACAGGCUACAGCAGUAUCGACUGUUUGGUACUUUCACUUUAAUAAGUGUGGCUCUUUUUGAAUAAUAAUAAUAGUAAUGCAGAAGUGUAUAAUAAAAAGUGAGAGUUUCUGACUGGCCAGCAUAAUUCAGGAGUCUCCCAAAUGCAAAGGAAAUCUUGUGGUAUCCCAUAAAGGCCAAUGAAUUUCUCCCUGGUGAGGGGAACUUUUAAACUUUUUUGCACCGCACAUGUAGGCUGAUAUUCUAACGUUAGUUUCAAAACAAAAAUCGUUUUGCAGAUCCAUUUGUACUGUAGUUUUCUUUCUAGUAGCACUUUGUGGGGUUGGGGAAGGUGGAUGAGGGCGAGCACUAAGCAGUGGCUAGUGUAGACAGGAAGUCUCCAGAUUCAGCUCUGCAGAUGUUAGCAUCACUGCAUUUUUAUGAAACUUGAGGUGCCAUGGAUUAAGAUUUAUACAAAAGCAUCAUUAAUUAAGUGAAGACGGAAAUUGGUAAUUUUGUGACCCUCACAGAUUACCAGAGGUUUUGUUCAGGGGCAUAGCUAUAUCACACCCAGGGUACUUAUCAGAUUGACAUGUUGACAUCUAUGCCAUGUUGUACUAAAAGUGCAGGGUGCAAAGAAAGUCAGUUUUACAGCCUGUCAUUCAGGCAAGCUGUAGCUGGCAUGUACUAGCUCACAAGUCAUUUCAACUAGCCCCCAAACCCUUUUUGAUUAGCAGGAUUGAUUACAAUCCUUGUGUAAUUUGAAUUUCCCAAACAAACAGCACUUGCCCAUCGGGCAAGUUAAGAGCAAAAGUCACUAGCUCGAUAGCGAAAUCCACUAGCCCCGGGCUAUUGGACACAACUUUCUUUGCACGCUGAAGUGACUUUUUUUUUAGAUGGGCAGUGAGCAUGGGGAGAGACAAGCCUAUUUACAAGAUUUAUUGCCCAUUGAUUCCUUGGAUUUGUUUGUUUUCAACACCUGAAUUAUAGGGACAUAAAACAAUAUUAUUUAACAAAAGGGGGAUCAUGGGGAUGACAGGACCCCCUAGCUACACCCAUGAUAUGUAUAAUUAGCCAUUCAUUAUUGAUUCCUUAGGAGUCUCUUAACUAUUGCUGGUCCAUUCUUAUUUUCAGUGUGCAAAGAGGUGGAAGGAAAUACAAAAAUCUUCCUCGUCAACAAGCACUGCACAUCCUGCCUUCAGUUCAUCUUCUAGAACAAGGAGCCUCUCUGGAUUUUUAAAUUCUGUGAUACAUUUUACUGAUGACAGAAAUUUAAAUGUGGUGAAUAGAAUUCAAGGAAUGAGACAGAACUCACAACCCUGUGCUGUAGGCACUAAUUCUGUCAAAAAAGGCAAUCAAGUUGGAUCAGGUAGGAACACGGUUUUAAUUACUGAACUAUUUCUAUUAAUGUCAGGUAAAUAUUAAUUUUUAUUCAAAGAAAUGGCACAACACAGGAUUUCUUUCUGACUUAAGUUUUUCCAGUACAGAAGUAAGGGCCAAAAACCUCAAGGUCAGACCUGAUAUUUGCCAUACUUACAUGUACCCAUCACUUUUUAUCUACAUUAUGUGACUUAAAUUUAAAGGUUGUCCCUUUAAUUUCAAAUGAUAAUUUAAUCUCAGUUCAGUACAAUAAAUAAGAGGUUUCCAAAAGUAAAAAGUUGUGUUAGAGAAAUCUGCUCCAGUUUUGCUGACAGAACUGGCCCCAAGUAAGUAAAAUGCGACAGCUGCUUGCCCAAAGGACAAUCUGGGAUUUAAUUUUUUUUUGAGACCUGAGUCAUCUCUUUUGUGUACUCCACCAUUCUUUCACCUUGAAAUUUAUUAGUAUACAUAUUUAUUUCCUUUUAUUAUCAUUACUAUUUGCAUGUGUUGUCCCAUCAUCAUCAAAAAGAGCAUGAAAGGUAUUUAUCAGUAUCAUGUCUUAUUUUUAAAAAAAUCAUAUUUAAUAUACCAAUAAUUUAGUGUUACAGUUGGUGGAUUUUCUAGGGAAAUGAGGAGUGGUUUUAAUAUCUAAUGAGCUAUUUUUACUUUAAAAUGUUUGUUGCAAGGAAGGAAUGUCUUUUGAAGUAUCUUAAAUGUAUAUAUAUUUUUAAUUAACUUAUUAGAUAAGUAUGGGGAAUGAAAAAUUCAUCUUAAGCUGAGUAACGCAACGUUUCUACAGUGGUACAGCAUUUGUAGUAGACUAGUGGAAAUUGACGAGUGUGCAGUGAAACUCUAAACUAAUGCAAAAAUGAAUGUGUUGCUCCUUGCCUUGGAUCUCCUGUUUUUCCUCACACUGUAAUUUCCAUCCUUAUUUUAGGACAUCAGAGGCUGUGCCAUUCACUGAUACUGCAGACUCUAAACAGGUACUGCUACUCCUGUACAAAAUGAGUUACUAUGCAGUACAUGUAUACAGUUAAACCCCAUUGUUAAGACACUGUGAGGGCCAUAGAAAGUGUCUGUAUUAGCUUAGUUGAAUUUCUAUGAGAAUCUGUUGAUUGGGCAGGAAACAAGCGUCUGUUGUCUGCGUCAACAGGUAUCCAUGGUAAGCAGGUUAAAUAUUUUAGAGAAAAUGUAAGGGCCUUCUCUAGGGACAGAAGCAAACUGUCUGUAAUAAUGAGGUGUCCGUAUUAAGUGGGUGUCCAUAAAGCAGGAUCUGAUUGUAUUUUAAGAAUACACUGUACCCUAUGAGAGGUCAUGAUAACAAAAAAGUGAGGUUUAAGAGAGUUUUAUUAUCCUGAGACAUUUGAAAACACCCUUUCUCAAGCACACCAUUAAUCUAAGACUCAAAAACAAAACAACAGCCCCAGAUGUCUGUCCCACAUUUUCAAACAACACCAUUUUGAUUUUUGAAUAAGGACAGUAAGUAAUCAUAGUUACAUGUAUAAUCCCAACCUAAAAAUAAUUACUGACCAACCCAACAGUCUACAGAAAUUUGAUUCAUAAUAAUUCUCUCCUUGAAAUGUUGCCAUCCACGCUAGAAGUCUGGGACACCACAUUAGGAAAAUAGAAAGACUCUGAUUAUCCCUGACGUAUCUCACACCUUCGUUCAAGAUGAUCAGAUAUGUGUACAGUGUUGAGCUAGUCUAUAAUAUCUUGAACAAUCAGGAGGUGACAAGGAAUGGGCAGGCCAUAUUGCAUUCAUUGUAACUCUUUUCUGUGAUUUCACACAGAGGUCAGUACUUAGACAAGUGCCAAGAUCAGCAGCAUCACUGACGUCAAACAUUGAAUCUUUACAGGGGUGAGAAAAAACUCUCUUUUUAUAUUAUGUGUCUAUUAAAAUAAACUGGCAUUUUAUUAAUUCCUGUUUGCAAACAUUAUUAACCAUAUAAUUUGCAUAAUUUUUGGCACCAAAGAAAGACUUCUAAUGUCUUGCAGCUGUAGUAACAUAAAUGCUCACUAUAAUACUUGUAAGCGACAGCAAGUUUUUUUUAUAAUAUUAGUUAUCUUUGUUGUAGGCCCAACAUGGUGAUCCAUGUUUGCGAUGAAAGCAAGAACUGUGAGUUGUUGUUGUUACUCUGUUUUUCCUGUUUGAGUUGUUAUCAAAAUAAAACUUUAAAGUUGAUUUCAAGUGUCCAUGAUGUAGAUUUUGUGCAUUGAAGUGAAAUUUCUCUACACUGUUACUGUACAAGAGCUAGUUAGUCCAGUACAGUAGCCUUAUAUUGGUGAAACCUCAGGCUGCAUAUGUGCAAUAAGUGCAAAUGUCAAGGUUAGAAGAGAAUUUGAUAAGUGCCAAUGCACUUUUUUUUAUUAACUUUUAUCAGUGAAACAAGACUUCACCUGUCCAAGGGAUCUGUUGAUUAGUGAGAUGAGAUAUUUUGCUGAAUAUCUGUCAGUUGAGGCACAGAGGUGGGAGGAAGUGGACAUAUCUGUUCACUGUGAUGUGCAAAUAUUUGACUGGUUGAUGAAAUAUGUCAAACGACGAAUUCCUGAUAAGAACAAGAAUGGGGUCGAGGAAAAGAAACCUAAACUUGGUGAGCUUUUUGAUUGUGAAAUGCUUUGAAUUCUAUUUUGCUAUUUUAUUUUAAAUGCUAAUUGUUAUUUUUUUAUUUACAUCCAACAGAACCAAACAAUGUCAUAUCCAUCUUAAUAUCAUCAGAUUUCCUAAAGAUGGAUGCAUUGGUGAGUGUCAUUAAAAUUUUGUUUAGAAUACCUUCAGAAAUUUCAUGACACUAGAGAUGUUGAUCAAGAAUAACAUGGGCAGUGUUCCUCGUCUCUUGGGAAAGCCCCUAUAUUCUGACAAUUCAACUUGCUUAAUAUUGGCACCUGUUAAUGCAGACAACAGACACUUGUUUCUUGCUCAAUCAACAGAUUCUCGUAGAAAGACAACCUCGCUAAUGCAGACACUUCAUUAUCAACUGUGUGCUGUAAUAAGCCUUUCCUUUUUGAAGGUAAAAAACCUUCAGUUGACUGCAUUUCGAUGUUCCCAGCAGUACAGUUCACUGGUUCAGACUAUUUUUGGCAUCAAACAAGUUAUGCAGAGAACGGUUUUUUGAUUAAGUAAUGUACAAAUGGGCAACUUUUGAGAGUGUCCAUGGAAUGAUGGCUUUCUGAAGGUUAAAGAUGUUUAACUUUAUGAUGCUUGUGUUCUGUUCUAUCUGUUUAGUAUUUUUUGUUCAAAUAAAUGACGUAUUUUUGACUUCAGGUUUGACAGAAGUUCUUCUGGUUAGGAUUUUGGCCAGGGAACGCAUUGUGAAGCAUGAAUUGUAUUAGCACACAAUUCUGGACGUACUGACUCGAAAUCAUGAACGUGUAUUCAUGUAUAGCAAAAAUUCUUAAUGUAAUAACUUACUUUAAAAAGGUUCAGUUAUGAUGCAUGUAAAUGUUUGCUUCAAGGGCAGAGAAAGAAAUUUAAACAUAGGUAAUAAUACAAUAUUUUGGAAUACUUCUCUAUGCGGUCUGCAAGUAAUAAAAAUAGCAAUUCCUAAUGAGUAUUUAAUCAUUAUUGCAUGUGUGUGUUUGUAGGUCAUGGAGUGCAUCCACUUUUGUCAUGCAAACAUGUCAGCCAUUGUGGCAACACCCUGUAACAUGAAUUGCAUCAACGAUAAGUUAGUUACAAGGUAUGUGCUAUUUGUUAUCACUUUUUCAAAUCAGGAAGAGAACAUUACGGUUUCUUCCUUUUAAGACAAAUUUUCCUGGCGAUAGAGUAACAUGGUGGAGAACAUAGGCCACGGUUUCUAUAACCACAAUUUGUUCAGAUGCUUUUAUCUUUUUUAAGUUGCUUCUUCAUUAGAUAUUUUUCUUUCUCUUUGUUUUCAGAAUAGCAAAGCUUUUUAAUCAUAAUGAAUUGGAAGCCGUCAAAGAUCGCAAGGACAAGUUUAAGAGGUGAGUUCAUGUCACUAGAUCUUACAAAGAUGAAGAUAAUACAAUUUUAAAUUGUUCACUUAUUUAACUUGAACCUCUUCUCUAUCCAUAAUUCUUGUAGUAUCUGCUACUUAAGGAAAAUGACUCUGUGUUUAUUUUUCUUCAGCAAAUUAUUUUGUAAAAAAAUAGAAGAGUUGUUUGAUCCAAGAUUUUCGUCAACUUCCUCAUCAAAUGCAAGCACAAUGUUCAGGUAAGAGUAAGGUUUUCAGGUGCUUGAAAAAUAUCGAAGCAUUUUUUUUGGGUAAUUCUGAAUAACAUCGUAGUUUGGUUUUCACUAAUAUUUUGUCUUAUUUUCGUGUGCUUAUUAACUUUUGUUACUUUUAAAAAGGUGCAUCGCUUGUGGAAAACUAUUGACUGCAGAUUCACAGAGUAAGCUGCGAUGUGUUGCCAACAGAAUGAUGGUGAGCCACAGAGGAAAAGUUACUUACGUUCAUUCACGGUUAGUGCGGAUCGAGGCCUUUUCAAUUCCUUUUUAAUUUGUAAAAGUUUCAACUUUGAUUCAGAGAGCUCGCGUAGGAGUAACGACAGAUUUGAAAAGAAAAUGGAAAAUUAUUCGGAUUAUUAUACGUUUCUGGGAAACUGCCCACCUACCCCUCGCGUAAACCAACAUUUUGCCCUAAGUGAGAAGUAAGUGUUCAUGUUGGCUUCGGGGAGGGGUAGGUGAGCAUUUCCCCGCAACGUAUGAGUUAAAAACGAAAGAGUUAAAUCGUCGAGGAUUUGAAGACGAUAUCAUGAUUUUGAAUCAUAAUUUUCAACUUACAAAACCACGUAAAAACUCAAAAUAACUUUGAGUAUUAGUUUAGUUAAAAAGAAUAGUACCAAAGUGUCAAUUGUAAACUACAAGAAUUACGGAUGGUUUAGGUUGGGGAGAUAAACAUGGAUUACUAGUGACAAAUAUAUUUUUUUGAAGAGGGGUUAACGGUUAUGUACCCUGGGUGCCAGCACAGACUUCAGUAACCGUUUCUGCCUGACCUCCCGCGAAAAAUAAAAACCUUUCGUUCCAAGGGUAACCGUAAUGUAGAUAAUUAACUUAAGUACGAUCUCUUUCGAUCACAUUUGAAGUACUGAAAAUCUUUAAGGUCAAAGUUAUCGUAAAGUUUGAUUUUGUUGUGUGUGCUGUGCAGAGAAAAUAAACAUUAAGAGGGUCGUGUUGGAGCUCUACUGCAUAGAAAAAUAAAAAAUUAGGUGUUUAAUGAGCUGAUCGUACGCAUACGAGUAUAAUUCUAGGGUAUGUUCAUACGAUACAGGAUAGGUUUUCGUGCCGAAACGAAAAAUUACCCGGUAUAGUAUGACGAAUUUAUUACAUGUAACAGUGAAUUAAACGCACUCGCCUGAAUUUCACCCGUCUCCUGGGCUCGCCUAGUGACUUAGCGAGCUCAAAAAAAAUUGUGUUUAUUUCCAGAGAUCACACUUGGGAUGUGAAUGAGUACCUUGUUGGUUUACGAGAAGACGUUAAGUCGUGGAAAGAAGUUUACUGGAGGUGAGAGAAUUUUUCGAUUCUGCAAAUCUCAGUCGCGUAAGCCCCGAGGUAAAAAAAUGGCCUUUAUUUAGGUCUUUGCCUAGAACCGUUAAAAAAAGCCUGCGGCAGACGCACUUCCGGUUCGCUUUAAAAAUAGGUCUAUUUUUUAGGGGACCAAGUAAACCGAACGUUUGUUCGCACUCAUAAAGAACGUUUGAAUUUACAGCGAGAGUGUGUGGUGUGUCACAACAUUGAUAACCGUAAAACCAAAUCGACUGAAUAAGGAAGGCCGGCAGGCAGUUUUGUUGAAUUUCCUAUUUUAACUCCUACUUUAUUGCUUUGAAUUGAUUUCUCAUUUUGAAGAUUGUGGGGUGCUAUAAACAUUCUCUACUGCCACCGUUGCGGUAACUUCUUCCAGUGCAGUGAGCUAGGCCACUGCAGUUAUCAUCCGAUGACUGUAGACUUCGGUAAUAUGGAGUGUACGUCAACCAAGAUAGUUGGAGUGUAUCCCUGCUGUCAACAGCGAGUCUUGCAUUUUGAUCCAUCUUUGGAGACUUCUGUAAGUUAAUCUUCUUUUAUUUCUUCAAUACUCCGCUUUUACUUUACGGCGAUUUUAUCCCCUUCGCAAAAUUUUCGAGGAAAUAAUGUGAAACGUUUUGCGCCAUGUGCCAGGUGCCAGGUGCGCGAGGGUAGCCAGCGCCUAUCACUCCCUCUUUGACUUUCUCGCGAACUGCUCAAUCUCGACCCAGAGCUCUUCUGCACAUGCAGAGGAGAGAGUAAGCACUGGGGUCGAGAGUGGCGAACUGCUUUGACGCUUGCUCUCAGUAUUGCUCUCAGUUAAUGUUUUUCACCUGUUCAAAUCUCUGAUAGUAACUUUUAUAUCUGUACAAAUUCUUACUCGCAUCGCUGCACUAUUUCUUAACAAAUACUGUAAAGGAUCUACAGUAAUAGACGCUCGGCGUGUCUGUUAAAUUUAAGGAAUAAAUAGGAGGCAUUUAAAAGAGAGAGACGUUUAUUCUCAGAACUGUAACAAACUCCACCAAACCAAUAUGAUUUCAGCGAAUAUAUCACCACAGUUUACAAAUACCAAACCAUCCAGUCCAUACCUCUAGGGCGUUUAGAGAUUCAUAUCGCUUUUUAAAAUCUCUAUUUUGAUGUCAGUGUCCUUUCUUUAAACUGGCUUGACAUUGAACAAAAUGCAAUGAGCAACCUUUUUUUAAUCAAGCAAGAAAGUGAAUAAAUUUUCUCCAUUUCGUUAUUCCCUAGUAUUUUUUUAGCCACUUCUUAUGAGUGGCUUCUAUUAGAGAGGGGCGUCUGAUACAACCUUAAGAGCUUAGUGGAGGCGUUCAUUAGACAACGGGCGUUUAUUUGAGAGUGGGCAUCUGUUAGAUCGAUCCUUCUGUGUAUUAUUUUGAGCUUGGGGCCGCCUCUGUUCAAUGCAAUGUGUGUUGCAAGUAUGCAGUCAUUUCUAAACAACAACCUCUGAAUGUUGAUGUUGAUAAAAUCAAGUAUUUGUCUUGCCAUCAGGGAUGCUGUGUGCGAGAUCACAAACCAACCUUGAGUUCACCUCAGUCGACAACAACUACAACAACAACGGGAACAACAGAAGAAGAAGAGAGGCCAGCUGAUGAAAACAUUGAUAAAGAAACUUUACGCGAAAACAAGGAAAAACAAUGCGACGAAGACAAUUCUCAAGAAAAAGGUUUUAAAAGCGAAAAUUAAUUCAUUUUACUUAAGCUCACUUAGAGCUGUCUUAGAGUAAACUUGGGCAAAUCGUGAAGUUGCUACUCAAUGUAAUUUCUCCGAUAGGUAACUGUUUUUCAGAUUCUUUGUUCUUUUUUGUGCGUGCAUUAAUCAACUUAUAAAACUCAUGCAACACUAUCGUGGCAGGCGUUUGUGGUUCAGUUUUGUCCUUCGUCAUUGCUGUAGACUUGUCCAACAAAAAGGUUUUGUUUAGGAUCCCAUUAUGCCGGAGCAUGCCUAUAAAUGGAAAAAUUUCGUGUGACAAAUGAGUAGUUUAGGAUACGUAUUAACCGUAUGUGUUUUCCGUAUUAAAGAUCGUACUCCUUUUCUCGAAUUGCACUGUGGGUUUAUUUUGACCUUGCAAAAGCUCGUAAUAACAAAUAGGGAGCUUAUAAGCAGCACUGACGGCGUCGGCUAUAUACGAAAACAGCACUCAAAAAGUGAAUUCGCUCAGCUUUAGACUUAAUCGCGCUUAUUCCAUCUCGUUUAAUUCGUCAAAUGUUGGCACAUUUUUCUAGAGUUGAAUUCUAAAAAAAUGAUCGAAGUUCAGGAAUAGAAAAAGAGAGUCGUUGUCUUGUACUCACGUCCUACACAAAACGUGAAAUCAGCAGACAUUUUCACGUCGCAGUCGUGCAGUGACAAAAAAGUUGUUGGUUUGUUAACUCUAAAAGCCCUGUGCAAACGGAUGCAACUUUGUUGGCCAUCAACUCCCAACAUUGUUGGAUGUUACCUGUUGCAUCCGUUUGCACACCUUGUUGCAUGCUGUUGCUAGUUGUUGAGAGUUGUUGCGCAAAGUUUGAACCUGAUCAAACGUUUAGCUACGUGCAAACGGACGCAACAACUCCUAACAAUGUUGGGCCAACAAUGUUGGGAGUUGUUGCGUCCGUUUGCACUUAGCUUAAGCCUAUUCUCUAUUUUCGAAUCCCCCAUAAUACUCUCUGUUUGCCCCCCAAAUUUUGCAUAAACCAUUGUUUUUAAAUGCUCCUGGGAGAACUGCAUUUUCCCAAGAGCAUUUGAAAGCAAUAACCUUUGCAAAAUUUGGGGAAGCAAACGGAGUGUAUUGUGGGGGAUUCGAAAAUAGUCAAUUGCUUUUUUGACGUUCCCGUUACCGUCUCUCUCUGUUAGGGAGCUUAAGCAACAACGUUUUUGAGCGACGCACGUCAACCGGAAGUGGCCUUUUUUCAUUUUUUGACGGUGGUUUCGCGCAAAUUUUCAGUCAAAUCGCCUCUAUAACAGUAAAGAAGCUAAGGAAUACAAAUUUUCUAUCAUCAAGGCAUGUUAAGAGGGAAAAUACCUCACUUCCGGUUGACGUGCGUCGCUCAAAAACGUCGCUGCUUAAGCUCCCUGUUGUCGUUGCUUAAGCUCCCCAAUGAAAAAAAGGGAUAGCCCGUCCUCCAAUCAGUCCCAUAAUACAAUUCGUCACAGCCCCGACUCAGUCUCAACUGCAACCUUAAUGGACAAUGGCCUCUUGGUUUCUCUUCUCAGGGACGUCGUUCAAGGAAGAAAAAAACCACACCUUGAAUGGAGAUGCUACUGAUAAUGCCCCAGGGCAACCUUCUCAUCAUGCGACGCCUGUUGUAAAGUUACCAUCUAAAAAAACAUCAGAGGAAACGAAAGUUACCAAUGACCCCGCUAUAGUGGAGGACUUGUUUACACACAGGAAUGUUAUAUGUGUGCCGUAUCGCAGAUUGUCAAGUACCAGGUGAUGACUGAAGUUAGAUACCGUCAAUGAGAUGUGCAAGAUACUGUUCGGAUUUAAAAAAACAUACAACUGUAAUGUAAUGUGUAUGCCACAAACGGUUGCUUUUGCCAUUUUAUUAUGUUUUACAGGAGCAAAAGAGAACAUGGUAUUGGUCUAGUCAUGCUAGUAGUGAAUAGUUUUAUAGUCAAUAUUUAUUGGCCAACCUGUGCGUUUGACUUGAUCAAAUUUUUACAUAUUCCUUCUCUCUACUAAUACAGUUAGGAAGAAUAAAUGCGGAUUUAAACUGAAGUGUUUUCCUCUGAUAUGUAAUUCAGGUUUAGAGUGACAGUUGGAUCUCAACAACAACGACAUUCUAUUUUACAUUGUUCGCGGCCGGUAUACCUGGGGCACAAGGUCUUGAUAAAAAUAAUAUGUAUGACUCUAUUGCAUUAUUUUCGUUUUCUUUUGUGCUGUCCUUAUUUACAAUUUCAUUUUAUCGUUUGAAGGUCGGCAGAGUUGAACGUGUUUGGUGUGGAGGAAAUGGCGCUUGCCAAUAUGCAGAUCAAAAAUCUUGAGGUAAAAACAGUAUAUUUAAACAUGGGCAAAUAUAAAAUUACAUCAAACGUGAAACUUUGAAAACUCUCUAUUUAUCUAUAUUUAUUUAUUUAUUUACAGGUAAAUACGAGCGCUCUUUCCGACAUGAUUGACCCAAGUGAAAGGAAAGUCUCUGAAUUUCCAACGGUAGGAGAGAAAUGGUGCCAAAACUAAUGAAGUAGUUUGCUGAUGUGGUUACAUUGCAUGGCAACCAAAAACUCCCCUUAUAAAUCCCAUCAUUCAUAUGGAGUGAUUUUACGUAACCCGUGAAACAGUAUCUAACAAUUACUACCAAAUAGUUAAUACGAGAAAACAAAAUAAAACAAUGAAAUUAGAGUGAAUUAAUACUUCGUAUUCACGGGAUAAGGAAAGGUAGUCAGUAGAGCGCUUGGCUGCAGAGCGGAAGGUUGCGGGUUCGAUUCGCGAGGCCGCACCCAUUACUCAGGGUCUUAAAAUAACUGAGAAAUGAAGGUACUGCCUUAACCCUGCAAGUGGCUAGACCCUCGCGUGGCUCGGAUUACCACGUAAAAUGGCGGUCCCGGCUCCGGCAGGAGACAUCAAAAAAGUGUUCAAUUAGUUUUCCUUUCGUGAUAAAUACAUAGACACUCAACUAAGUGCAUUUUUUCUGUAAGAUAAUAUUCUGUGAACAAUUAAGCAAAAUCAGUAUAUUUCAAAGAAAGUGUGGGACGCAAUAGGAAGUGGCAAACUUCUCCCCGAAGUUAUCCAUUUACACUUUAGACAUGUACCGCCUAAAGCCCAUUUCUAAAUAAAUUCAUUGCGUUCUAAUAGUUGUUUUGAAUAAAGUUUGAAAGUGUUUAUAAAAAAUUAAUAGAGGUCUCUGUCUCUUUUGGUUUUCUUGCACUAUAUUCUGUUUCGUUUUUCCCAGUGAGACACCUGUCCACAGACAUCGAUAAAAUUAUCUCUUGUCCCCUUUUUCCAGUACUUGCCAUCCAUAAGAAGAAGUCGCAGUCGAGGCCUUCACCGUAACUCCCUGAGGAAGAUGAAGCUACAGACUACCGCAGCUAACAAGGAGGAUGACUAUGACUUGGGAGAAGAUGAGGAUCAACCCGAGUCUGAGGACAAUGAUAGUAAGUUUUGCCUGACAUACUGAUAUUUUAAAACAUUUAAACCCAUCACUUAACCUGACUUUCAUCCUCACUUGCACUCCCGAACUAUGUUAGAGAAUUGAAGGCAUUGAAUAGCCUCAAAGUGUUUUGUGGAUGGACCACCCUAAUAAUUAGGUAACACAAGAUAUUUAUAGUGAACAUGAUAGAGUAUCUAAACAUAAGAAAUAGAUGGAAAAAUUUGAAAUCAUUGUAAUACAGUUUUUUAUUUAUUUAUGAGCACUUUAGUUUCUUAAACUAGAUUAGAUAGACUAGAUAGGUAGACGGUUGAUUUGGAAACCAUUUUCAUUUUGAAAUUAAAGGUUACCAUGUUUAAAUAAAGUUCAUUCGUUCGUUCGUUCUUCGCCCGCCCGUCCAUCCGUCCGUCCGCCCUUCCGUCGAUAAGUGAUGCAGUGCUAACAACACUAUUCUCUCAAUACCACCCUCACUGAACUGAAAUCAAAGACUGUUAUUACUAUAGUAACAGGCUGCAAUUACGCAGUUCGUUCGAACGAUCUCGAUCCCAGACCCUCUCUCCUUUUGAAAGUUUGUGGUGUUAUUUGCCCCUGCAAAAUCUGCUACAUGCGUUUCUCAAGAUCCGUUCAAUCGACUAUGACUGUCCCUUACAAUCUCACUAUAAGGUCUCUGAUGUAAUUUUUCUAAGUCUGUGUAGCUGAUUUGGAUAUACAUUGUACAUGUAGCGGGUCGUACUUCCACCACGUCAGAUUUUCAGUACAGUUUUAUGUUUAUGUAAAAGAUUUUCUCCCGGUUGGUUUGUGUAAAAAGUAAGCACCCCUUUUCUCCAGUUACCAAUCUUCUAAUUUUUUUGCGGGCCAGUAUCAAGUUUGCUUCUACCUUUCAUUACACCUACUAUAACAAACCCUUGCGGGAUCACAAGUGAGUGAGUGAAGGAGUCGGGCUAUUUGUUGGUUCUUCGUAUAUUGUUAUAGUUGUUUGGUAGGGCAAGGUUAUCAGUACUUCUGUUUAACAAUUUGGUGAAAUGUCUCUUUCAGUCACAUUACGGGAAAAACCCCGACCACCUCGAAAAAUAACCUCCGCCUCCAGAAAAGAGUAAGGACAUUAUAAAUUAUUUAAUGUAAAUGUGUUAAUUUUUCAUUUAGUCUAAUUGCUAAGAAAAUUUAGAAAUGCGUUGAAAUGUUGUUCAUUUUAUUUUAGUUUCAGUACGUUUAAAAGCUAUAAAUGGGAUUCACAGCGAUCUGCUCGGUGGAACCAAGAUGCACAGCGAGAGGAAGGUAACCCUAAACAGGGGUGGGGUAGCCGAUAAAAUUGCCGCUGAUCACUCAAACCCCUGGGGAAAAUUAUCAACUCCUGAAGUUAAAGUAACUGAGCAUCAAUACCCUCACCCUUUUCAGUUUUGCUUACCAAAUGCUAUGCAGCUUUAACAGUUUCUUGUUGUUUACAAUUAGUUACUUAUCCAUGUUUGCCUUUAUCGUUUGCCAAGAUCAAAAGCGCAUGUCAGAGUUGGUGUCUUAUUUAUCGCGACAGCGGACGCACACCCCACCAGACAAAACUGAGAAUAAACAAAAAACUAAGGAGGUAAGGCUUUGUUCUAAAACAAUGUUUGCAUUUUUCCUCUGUGACCGAGGGGAAAAUACCCAAGGCCGUGUUGUUCAAAGCUGGGUUAAGAUACCGUAAAAUUCCGAAAAUAAGCCCCCCGGGGGCUUGUACUUGGAAAAUUGCCCUCAAAUACAAAGUAAAAUAAAGCAAAAACGGUUAAUUUCCUUCCAACUAUAAACUAGCCCAAUCGAUUUUGAAACGCAAAGUUCCCUCCGUACAUAAGUCCCUCCGAAUAUAAGCCCGUCCACAAAUAAGCCCCUCGCAAAGGGCCUUUGAAAAAUAUAAGCCCCGGGGCUUAUUUUCGGAAUUUUACAGUAACCCAGGGUUAGCACAAAAUUUGAAUUCAGAAAUAAAAGCUUUAAAAGCAAAUUCAGAUUAAUUCUUUUUAUCUACAAUUGGAUGAUUGGAUGCUCUAAAAGGAAUAGAGCAAAAUAUCUGAGAAAAUGCGUUUGAACAAGACAAAAAGAAACGCAGAUUAAAGGGCUGAUCGGCCUGCCAACAACUGGGCCCAGUGCCAGAGGCUUUUGAUGCGUUGUUUCAGCUGGCGCCGCUUGUGGCUUCGGCAUUCGGCCGAAGAUCUGUCGGCCUGCAGCCGCCGAAGUAUCCAGCCGCACGCAAGAAAAGAAAACCUCUGCUACCCAGGGUAAAAUGGAUACAAUGGUAAAAUGGCUAGAACUGACGUCUUUCGAGGCUAAGAUUUGGGUCAAGGAUGAAAAUAAUGACCGCGAUAUUCAAUUUGCACACAGUUCCAAAAAAACAAAGAAACAACCAAAUCCCCUUCGUUAAAUUAUUUCCAGGAGUACUAAAGAACGCUGUUUUCUUUUUGUCUUAGUACCUAGGAGGGAUUUUUUCCAAGCUAGAGCACCAGUUUCGGGCAUCACAGCAGCCAGUUGUUUCUAAGGCGCAGUCAGGCAGUCAACAAACAGGUCCUAGGUAAUGUGAACACUGAACUCAAUACCUCCCAUGUCUUACAUCCCUUUACAAAAACGGGAAUGACUGACACCUCAGCCUUUCCCCUCCUUGCUUAUUUCACCUUCGUUCCAUUUCGGGUCGGUCGUUGCGUGGUGUGAUGGAAUUUGACUCUAGUACGUCACUAAAAUAAACUGUCCGUGAAGGCCUAGGAGGAAAGCCGUUAACAUGAGUAUCAUUAGAUUAGAGACACCUUCACAACGCGCUUGUGAACCUUGUACCAAUGGACUGCAUAUACAAAAAUUUAGUCUACAUGUAAUAUCAAACACUCGUUACAUAGGCAUAGCCGAGCGGAGACCACAAAAUAUAUUUUAUGAACCUUUAAUUCUACUACUUGAUUUUUUUUAAACUUAUUAUGAUUGCUUUGCGGUUUUUUUCCACAGUCAAAGAGUUCGAAAAAUUCCUCUGAAGAUUUCCAGCUGAUGGCUUGACUGUUUAAUUUGACGAGUCAAUUUUACACGCAUG